CUUUUUAUUUUUUUGGGUUUGAUUUUAGUUGAAGAUUAGUGAAAAAAUGAUUGAGAAAAAAAGAAAAUUUCAUAGUGACAAUGAAGAUAAAAUUUAUCGUUUUCAAGUUUUGCUGCCAAAUGGGAUUAGUGUUAAAAUGGUUAAAAGAAACCCAAAAGAUAGUAGUAUUUCUUUGGAUGUUUUUGUGGAGAUUGUUAAGGAGAAAUGCUAUGAAAUUUUGAGGCAAACAGAGGAUUUUAAAAAUAGGAGGAAGAUUUUCUGGAAUUCUAAGGAGUUGUACUUGGAAGAUAGUAAAGGGUUUAAAAUAAGGAGUUUAUUAUGUUAUGAUAAGUUCAAGCCUAACAAAACUCACUACUUGAGACUUUUUGAUGGUGGUGCUAACACUGUUGAUACCUUUGAGAAUAUGUGGGACUUGACACCAGAUACAGAUUUGUUGACAGAGCUUCCGGAAGACUAUACAUUUGAGACAGCCCUAGCAGACUUAAUUGAUAAUUCUUUGCAGGCAGUGUGGUCUAAUGGCGACGGCGAAAGGAAACUGAUAAGUGUUGAGGUUUACGAGGAUAAAAUUUCUGUAUUUGAUACUGGCCCUGGAAUGGAUGGAAGUGAUGAGAAUUCGAUUGUGAAGUGGGGAAAAAUGGGUGCUUCAGUUCACAGAACUUCCAAAAAGCUUGCGAUUGGCGGAAAACCUCCAUAUCUUACACCUUUCUUUGGGAUGUUUGGAUAUGGUGGAACUAUUGCUUCUAUGCAUUUAGGGAGGCAUGCUGUAGUGUCUGCAAAGACUAAACAAUCCAAAAAAGUUUACUGGCUUCGUUUAGAGAGGGAUGCUCUACUAAGGCAGUCUGGCUCUGAUCUUAACUGGAAGGCCUCGGGUGGACUUCGAGAUCCGUCAGACAGAGAAAUUGAAUUAUCCCCUCAUGGAAGUUUUACAAAGAUUGUUAUGAAACCCAAGUUAGAACUCCCUGAUAUAUUUCAACUCCAGUGCAAGCUUAAGGAUAUAUAUUUCCCUUAUAUUCAGUGUGAUGAGAUAUCCAAGACAGGGAGGACUACAAUAUUGGUGGAUUUUGAGAUAAAUGGCAUCAAUUUAGCUGAAGUUGAAGGUGGUGAAGUCGCAGUGACAAAUCUGCAUUCUUCUAAUGGCCCUGACUUUGUCCUGAAUCUUCACUUUUCUUUUGAAGAGGAUAAGGCUGCGUCUAAAUCACCAACAAUUCGAGAAGGGAAUGCACGCCUGAAGUGCGUUUACUUUCCCAAUCUUGAGGGCAAGGAGAGUAUUGACAAAAUUUUGGAAAAACUUAAUUCGGAUGGCUGUAGAAUUCAAGAAGACUAUGAAUCUUUUAGUCGUAUUUCCAUCAGGCGGUUGGGCCGUCUUCUUCCUGAAGCUCGCUGGGAUCUGCUACCUUUCAUGAAACCCAGACAGAAGAAGGGGAGCAAAGUUGAAACUUUGAAGAGGUGUUGUCCAAGAGUUAAGUGCUUCAUUGAUACUGAUGCUGGUUUCAAUCCAAUACCAUCCAAGACUGAUCUAGCCCCUCAUGAUCGGUUUACCAAAGCAUUGAAGGAUCUGGGAGGUCACACUCCUCAGAAAGAGAAAGUAAAAGUCCGAAUAUGUAGAGGCGAAAAGCAAUUGACACUUCAACAACUGGAGCAAGAGUAUCAAAACUGGAUUCUACAAAUGCAUAGUCAGUAUGAUAAUGAAUACGAAAUCAACUGUGGUGAUGAAAAACCUGAUGUUCUUGUUGCUGAAUCAAUCAAAGAACUUGGCAUAACUUGUGAUGUUGUUAGGGUUCUUAAAGCUAUAAGUUGGAAGGGCAGAUCUUGGAAUAGGGGACAGAAAGUUAAGAUUCUCAAAGGUGCUUGUUCUGGCUGUCAUAAGAACAACCUAUUUGCAACGCUCGAAUAUUUUUUACUUGAAGGCCUUGAAGAGGAUACAGGAGGAGAGGCGCGGAUCAUUUGCAGGCCACUAGGGGUUGAGGAGGAAGAUGGUAGUGUGCUUAAAGUUGAUGCUACUAACAGAAGCUUGGAACUCCGCGGCUCUAUAUCUCUGCCUAUUGUUGUGAUGGAUCCAGGAAAGUGUAUUCCUGUUAGCGACAACGACUGGAAUUGCCAAGUUGACAAGCUAAAUCUGAAACUUCCUUCGUCAAUCGAUGUGCUGGGACCAAAGCAAUGCGAAGCCUUAGAAAUUGAUGGGGGAUUACUUACAGAUGCUUCAGUUUCUGCUGGAACAGUACCUCCUAAAGAAGUUGUUGCCGUACUGCGGCCUUCCAAUUUCACUCGAAGUAGUGCCUCUAAUGAUCUAGACCAAAAAUACAUUGUAAGGGACAAUUACGAGAUGUGCCUGGAUAUUAAAUUUAAGACUGAAGCUGCAAAGUGCCCCAAGGUGGACCAUAUUUUUUCAGGAACUGUUACAAAUACAUCACGUAACGGACGUCAGGGUUUGUAUAUAUUUUUGGUGGGCUCAAUCCCAAGCUUGUUUCAAAAAGCUGGGGUUUAUUCAUUCUCCUUCUCUCUGAAAAAAUCUGCAACUGCAAGUUCUGAAUUGAUUGUGAGGGUGAAAGCAUCAUCUAAUAUCAAACGCUGGGAACUCUCCAAGGAUGAUUUAAAACUACCUUUGCGUGUGAGUGCAGGUUCUUGUUUCCCACCAUUGACAGUUGCCUGUUAUGAUGACUAUGACAACAUGAUUUCUUUCAAGAGUAUACCAGAGAUAGAAAUCCAGUUGACGUCUAAUGGUACUGUGCUUUCUCAUUUAAAGAACUCGAAGGUGGAUUUGUCAUCAGAUAUGUAUCAUAUGAUUGUUUCGAAUGUGCGGAUUACAACUAAUAAGUUAGACAAUAUCCGCCCAAGUUAUGAAGCCAUGUUGGUGUUAUCUCAGCCUCAUAAGCAACCCUUUCUCAGCAUACCUUGUCAAGUGUUUCCUGGACCUCUACGAUUUGUCAACAUUCUUUCAUCAGAAUCAAGCAAAAGUUUACUUCCGAAGCAGGUCGUUGAGGAUUUGAAAGUGGAGGUGUUAGAUAGACAUAGUAAUCAUGUGCAACAAGGCAUAGAAGUAGAGCUGCAAGUUCAUGGUUUUUCUUUCUUGGAUCAAAUUGGUCUGAAGCGCAAGGUUGAUGAUCAUGGUUUCAUUGAUCUUAGCGGUCUUUUGAAAGUCACAGAAGGUUUUGGUAAAUUAGUGUCUCUUACUGUUAUAUGCAACAAAAAUGUUGUAGCUAAUAAAAAAUUUCAAGUCGAAAAGCGGGAGCUGAAGAUGGUGACAGUGGUACCUAAGCUUUGUCAUUUGGGGUCGAAGUUGAAGAAUUUAGCCUUUGAAGUUGUUAAUUCUAAGGGUGAUGUUGAUCACACUAUACAUGACUCAUACAAGCAUGGCAGAUCAGAUACUUUAAGAUUAAAAACAGACUUUCCAGGCUUUGAUGAUUCUUUAAGAUAUGCUUUUAAGCUGGGGAGAUGUGUCAUUCCGUCAAUUACUCUUCCUUUAACAGAAGGAACUUUCUGCAUUGAGGCCAAUCAUUGUCAACACCUAGAGCUAUGUGCCAAGUUUGAGAUUAGAGUAUCAAGAUCAACAAGUACGGAAAAAGAUACCCUUUCUGAUCUCCGGGCUUCAGAUCAGCUGUAUUUGAAGGAUAGAUCUGCUUCCGGAUCAGUUUCCGAUGCUAUAAAGCCUGUGACAAACAGGAAGAGGUCUGCAUUGCGAGAUUCAGAGGUUACUGUUCCAUAUGUUGAGGAGUGUGAUUUUGCAUCUCCCCUCCAAACUCAAAAUCUGGAGCAUGGAGAUCGUCUACCUCAGUCGUCAUAUGGAAAAUCAACAUCUGGGAAAUUGUCCAUUUUGAUUGAGUCAAAAAUGCAAAAGAAGCAGGUUACUGUUCCAUAUGUUGAGGAGGAGUGUGAUUUUGCAUCUCCCCUCCAAACUCAAAAUCCGGAGCAUGGAGAUUGCCUACCUCAGUCGUCAGAUGGGAAAUCAACAUCUGGGAAACUGUCCAUUUUGAUCGAGUCAAAAAUGCAAAAGAAGCAGGCUAACAUUACACAAACUCCAGACAAGCAGCCUGAUCAAAAGUACGGGCUUAACAGUGACAUUUUCAAUUCUCCAGAAGGGAUGAUGCCUUUUGCUGAUACUUGUACACCUGAGCGUGCAAUACCUUCAGGAGGACCUGGCUUAGAGGACUUUGAGAGCAUUGAAGAAGAGAUCUACCAUUAUGGUUCAGCUAUUAAAGAUCAAGAAGAGGCCUUACAAUGGUGUCUUCUGCGUAAGGAUGAAAUUGAAGAGGAUUUGACACAGCUACAAGCUUCAAUGGAACUGCUGCCAGUAUCUCAGCCAGAUUGCUCGUCUCAGAAGGAGGUGGUGCUGGGAAAAAUAGAAGAGAAGGUUGAUUCAGCGGCUUCCAUUUAUGGCAUUGUUACCAGGAAUCCAUUAUUGAAGAAUCGGCACCCUGAUUUCAUUGACGAUGUGGUUGGCCUAGUUGCCCUUCUUGCGACAGUUUCCACACCCGCGCUUAGUUGUUCAUUGGCCGAGUACUUGGGGGAAGAUCAAAUGCUAGCCAUUGUUUGUCAAUCUAGUGUUGCACUAACAAGCCCUGAGAAGUACGAAUACAUUCUAAUGUCCUUAGCAGGCGAAUUGGGAAAAUGCAUAAAAAAUCGUCAACUAAUUAUAUGUCUUGAAGAUUUAAAAGCAUAUGGGGGUGACAUUCUGGAGACUGAUCCUCAAAGAAGGCUGGCCUUACCAAAUCCCAUCUUACCUGAGGGAACAACUCCACAUGGUUUCUUAGGUUAUGCUGUUAAUAUGAUCGACAUUGAUGUGGACCAUCUCCAAACUAGGACAUAUGCGGGUCAUGGCCUUCGUGAAACCCUUUUUUAUCGACUCUUUGGAGAACUUCAAGUGUAUGAUACGAAAGAACACAUGAAACAUGCUCGUGGAUGCAUAACAACAGAUGGUGCAAUAUCUCUGGAUGGACUAAUCAUGAGAGGAAGAGGAAUUGUUUCUCUAGGAUCAUCUGAGAAAGUGAGCGUGCAUUUUCCUAGCGUCUCUCAAGAUAGUCAAUUGGUUGUCUCUUCGGGGGAGGUCAUGAACGAGAUAGAGAAAAGGAAAUCGGAGUUAUGCAUAGUGGAGAAAGCAAUCAUUUGCGAAAGUGAAAAAAGGUGUUCAUACUUAAAGCUCUUUUCUGAGAAGAAGGCUGGGUAUCUGGAGUUACUUGAGAACAAAGAAAGAGAACAUAAGGUUUUGUUAUCACAACAAUUAUCCAAGAAAAGUCCUAUUGCUUCCUUCAAAAGUUCUUUACAUUAGAUGUAGAGACAUAUUAAGGUUAGUUUCUGAUGUUAAAGUUGUAUGUAGUAGUGUGUACAUAGUUUCAGAACAUAUAGCAUAGAAAAAAGGAUCUGUUUCUUGAGAUUUUAGCUUUUCUGAAACAACAGUUGGAAGGAAACAGAAUGAAGAUCUUUGGCAACUGUUAUUUCUUGAGCAUUUUUUUUUUUUGAGGGGAAUUAUUUCUUGAGCAUUGUUUGGUGGAAUUUAUUUGUAUGUAUAUAAUAGUCACAUACAAAGGUUCAUGUUUCCUAGAAUUGACAUAGAUUAUGGUUAGAUUUGAUAAUAAACAAUCCUGAUUUAUUGUGA